CGACAUGUUUUGAUUUUUUUCCAAAAAAAAAAACUUAAUUUCCGUUCAUUCUUCAACAAAAAAAUUGACAGUAAAACCGUCAUCAUUGUAGCUGUCAACGUUCUUUCAUUAAAUUCAUUCAUCGGUGUUUCAUUUUAUCAGCUCUAAUUAAAAUUGCAUCAUCGCAUUGAUACGAAAAUUUAAAAAAAAAAAAAUUAUAUGAAAAAUUAUGGACAAAAUAGCUUUAACACGGUUAAGUGAAGAACGAAAAGCAUGGCGUAAAGAUCAUCCAUUUGGUUUUUUUGCCAAACCGGUUAAAAAUCCGGAUGAUACAUAUAAUCUACAGGAAUGGGAAUGUGCUAUACCCGGUAAAGCAGGUACGGCUUGGGAAGGUGGUCUUUAUAAACUUAAAAUGUAUUUUAAAGAUGAUUAUCCAUCAACACCACCUAAAUGUAAAUUUGAACCACCAUUAUUUCAUCCAAAUGUUUAUCCAAGUGGUACUGUUUGCCUUUCGUUAUUGGAUGAAGAAAAAGAUUGGCGUCCAUCAACAACAAUUAAACAGAUUUUAAUUGGUAUACAAGAAUUACUUAAUGAACCGAAUGUAAAAGAUCCAGCACAAGCAGAAGCAUAUACAUUUUAUUGUAACGAUAAAACUGAAUAUGAACGUCGUGUACGUAAUCAGGCGAAGAUGAAUACACCGAAAAAUUGAUCAUCAUUGAGUUUUUUUUCCCCUCCUCCUUUCUCACCACCCCCUUUAAAAUCACGGUAAAGAAGCUGAUAAUUGAAUUAUACCACACACACACACAACCAUUAUCAUUAUGAAAGUUAUUAAUAAUAAAAAGUAUCC